AUGCUGGUCAAAGUUCCUAUUCUAGGGCGGGAGACCAUUCAUGUUGGUUACGGUGUGCGUUCGCACAUUGUGGAGACGAUUGUGGGGCUGAAGUCGUCGACCUAUGUGGUUAUCAAUGACAGCAAUGUUGGGCGUGUGCCAUACUUCCAGGAGCUUUUGAGUGAUUUUGAAGCGCAAUUGCCUGCUGGGUCGCGGUUGCUGCGGUAUGUGGUGAAGCCCGGUGAGGCUAACAAGACUAGGGCCACCAAGGAGCAGAUCGAGGACUACCUGCUGAGCGAAGGCUGCACCCGUGACACUGUGAUCGUGGCUGUCGGUGGUGGUAUCAUCGGCGAUAUGAUCGGGUAUGUCGCUGCCACCUUCAUGCGUGGUGUGCGUGUCGUGCAAGUUCCCACCUCUCUGCUGGCGAUGGUCGAUUCAUCCAUUGGUGGUAAGACUGCGGUCGACACCCCGUUGGGUAAGAACUUCAUCGGUGCGUUCUGGCAGCCUGAGUUUGUUCUAGUGGACAUCAAGUGGCUGCAGAGCUUGCCAAAGAGAGAAUUUAUUAACGGUAUGGCAGAGGUCAUCAAGACGGCGUGUAUCUGGAACGCCGACGAAUUCCAAAGAUUGGAGACCCACGCAGACGAGUUUUUGCACGUUGUCAACACCCCAAAAAUCUCAGAGAAGGAAGGAUUCCAACUAUACGACACUGACAUUGAAUCUAUAAAGGAACACAUCUUCAAGCUGGUUCUAGAGAGUAUCAAAGUUAAAGCAGAAGUGGUCUCAUCAGAUGAGCGUGAAUCAAGCUUGAGAAACCUGCUGAACUUCGGCCACUCAAUUGGCCAUGCUUACGAAGCUAUCCUAACACCACAAGCUCUACAUGGUGAAUGUGUAUCGAUUGGUAUGGUUAAGGAAGCGGAAUUAUCACGUUACUUGGGUAUUCUUUCCGCUACCCAGGUUGCAAGAUUGUCGAAGAUUCUGGUCGCAUACGGCUUGCCAGUGUCCAAGGAUGAAAAAUGGUUCAGAGAACUAACACUAAACAAAAAGACCCCUCUAGAUACUUUACUGAAGAAGAUGAGUAUUGACAAGAAGAAUGAUGGUUCUAAAAAGAAGGUGGUAUUGCUUGAGACAAUUGGUAAAUGUUAUGGUAAGUCUGCCCAUGUAGUAUCUGAUGAGGAUUUGAGAUUUGUGCUAACAGAUGAAACCUUGGUUUAUCCUUUCAACAACAUCCCCAGAGAUCAGAACAAGACUGUCACCCCACCAGGUUCUAAGUCUAUCUCUAAUAGAGCGCUGGUUUUGGCUGCCCUAGGUAAAGGUACCUGUAGAAUCAAGAACUUACUGCAUUCUGAUGAUACUAAACACAUGCUGACAGCUGUUCAAGAACUAAAGGGAGCCAACAUUUCCUGGGAAGACAAUGGUGAAACUGUUGUUCUAGAGGGCCAAGGUGGUAGUACCUUGGUAGCUUGUGAAAACGAUCUUUACUUGGGUAAUGCUGGUACUGCCUCUCGUUUUUUGACAUCUGUUGCUGCACUAGUAAACUCCACUUCACAAAAAGACCAUGUUAUAUUAACAGGUAAUGCUAGAAUGCAACAACGUCCAAUCGGUCCAUUGGUUGAUUCUCUACGUAACAAUGGUAUUAAAAUCGAUUAUGUAAAAAAUGAAGGCUGUCUACCGUUGAAAGUACAUACUGACUCUGUCUUUAAAGGUGGUAGAAUUGAGCUUGCUGCAACUGUUUCAUCUCAAUAUGUUUCAUCCAUUCUAAUGUGUGCCCCAUAUGCUGAAAACCCUGUUACUUUAGCUCUUGUUGGUGGUAAACCAAUUUCAAUCUUAUAUGUUGAGAUGACUAUCAAGAUGAUGGAAAAAUUCGGUAUUAAGGUUGAAAAAUCAACUACUGAAGAAUACACUUACAUUAUUCCAAAGGGCCAUUACGUUAAUCCAGCAGAAUAUGUUAUUGAGAGUGAUGCAUCAAGCGCUACAUAUCCAUUGGCUUUCGCUGCAUUGACUGGUACUACAGUGACUGUUCCAAAUAUUGGUUCUGCUUCUCUGCAAGGUGAUGCUAGAUUUGCCACUGACGUUCUACAACCAAUGGGCUGUUCUGUUACUCAAACAGCCACAUCAACAACCGUUACUGGUCCUCCAGUUGGCCACUUGAAACCAUUAAAGCAUGUUGAUAUGGAGCCUAUGACUGACGCGUUCCUAACAGCCUGUGUUGUAGCUGCAGUAGCUCACGACAAUGACCCUACAUCGAAGAACACAACUACCAUUGAAGGUAUUGCUAACCAGAGGGUAAAGGAAUGUAACAGAAUUGAGGCAAUGUGUACACAAUUGGCUAAGUUUGGUGUAAGAACUAACGAAUUACCAGAUGGUAUUCAAGUUCAUGGCUUACAUUCUAUCAAUGACUUGAAAGUACCAAGCAUUGGUAACGAAGCUGUUGGUGUCUGUACCUAUGAUGAUCACCGUGUUGCUAUGAGUUUCUCUCUACUAGCUGGCAUGGUCAACUCAGAACAACCAAAUUCAAGUAACCCAACACCUGUCCGUAUUCUAGAAAGACACUGUACCGGUAAGACUUGGCCUGGCUGGUGGGAUGUUUUACAUACUGAGCUUGGUGCUCAACUAGAUGGUGCUGAACCACUUGAGUUGAAUUCGAUGAAGAACGCAAAGAAAAGUGUGGUAAUCAUCGGUAUGAGAGCAGCUGGUAAAACUACAAUUAGCAGAUGGUGUGCUGCAGCACUGGGCUAUAAACUUGUCGAUCUAGAUACUCUAUUUGAAGAAAGAUAUGGACAUGGAAUGAUAAAAGAUUUCGUUAGCCAACACGGCUGGGAAAAGUUCCGUGAAGAGGAAGCUAGAAUUUUCAAAGAGGUUAUUGAAAACUAUGGCGAUGCAGGUUACGUUUUUUCAAGUGGUGGCGGCUUAGUUGAAAGUUCUGAAUCUAGACGUAUAUUGAAAUCAUUUUCCAAGAGCGGUGGUUAUGUACUUCAUCUGCACAGAGAUAUCGAAGAGACUAUUAUGUUUCUUCAAAAGGAUCCUACCAGGCCUGCAUAUGUGGAAGAGAUCAGAGAAGUUUGGAAUAGAAGGGAAUCUUGGUACAAGGAUUGCUCAAACUUCUCGUUCUUCGCCCCACAUUGUAACUCUGAAGUAGAAUUCCAAAAUCUAAGGAGGGCAUUCACCAAAUUCAUUAGAACUAUCACAGGUGUAACGACUGUAGAUAUCCCUACAAGAAGAUCAGCAUUUGUUUGUUUGACAUUUGAAAAUUUGACUGAAUAUACAAAUUCAUUAAAAGCGAUUACAUACGGUUGCGAUGCUGUAGAAGUUAGAGUAGAUCACUUAUCCAAUAUGGACGAAGACUUCGUUAGUAAGCAAAUUUCUAUUCUCAGAGCUUCAACUGAUGGCCUGCCAAUUAUCUUUACUGUUAGAACCAAAAAGCAAGGUGGUAAGUUCCCUGAUGAGGACUAUGAAACCCUUCAAAAGCUACUGAUAACUGCUUUGAAGGUUGGUGUUGAUUACAUUGAUUUGGAACUAACUUUGCCAAUUGGUAUUCAAUACAAAGUUUUGAACAUGAAGAGAAAUACGAAAAUUAUUGGCUCUCACCAUGACUUUGCUAGUGCCUACCCAUGGGAUCACUCCGAAUGGGAGAACAGGUACAAUCAAGCUCUUGCCAUGGAUGUUGAUAUUGUUAAAUUUGUUGGAAUGGCCAAAAGCUUCGAAGACAAUUUAAUGUUAGAGAGAUUCAGGGACUCACAUACAACUAAACCAUUAAUUGCCAUCAAUAUGGGAGCACAUGGUCGUGUCUCUCGUGUUUUAAAUACAAUUUUGACUCCUGUGACCUCAGAACAUCUUUCAGAAGUUGCUGCUCCUGGCCAACUAACUGUUGCUGAGAUCAACCGUAUCUACACAGAAAUGGGUGGUAUCACUAAGAAGGAUUUCUUUGUUGUUGGUAGCCCAAUUGGCCAUUCUAGGUCACCUGUUCUUCACAACACUGGCUACUCAGUGUUGGGCCUACCACAUCAUUUCGAUAAAUUCGAAACUACCUCGGCUGAAGAAGUUAAGAAGCACUUACUAGAUAACAAAGCUAACCUAGGUGGUUUGGCUGUAACUAUUCCUCUAAAAUUGGACAUUAUCAAGUAUAUGGAUGAAUUAACGGAGUCUGCUAAGGUAAUUGGUGCUGUGAACACUGUCAUUCCAUUAGGUAAUUCUAAAUUCAAAGGUGACAACACUGAUUGGCUGGGCAUUCGUAACUCUCUUGUUUCAAACGGUGUUCCUGAGUCUGUCUCAGGCUUAUCUGGUUUGGUUGUUGGUGCUGGUGGUACCUCCAGAGCCGCAAUCUUUGCCCUACAUAAGCUUGGCUGCCAGAAGAUAUUCAUUGUUAAUAGGACAACCGAAAAGUUAGAAGAACUUGUGAAAUUUUUCCCUGAAGAGUACAACAUAGUUCCAAUCAAGGAAGCUGAAGAGGCAGAAGCUGUAAAUGAAACUAUCGGCGUUGCAGUGAACUGUGUACCAGCUGAUAAACCAUUAGAUGCAAAGCUAGAGAGCUUGCUGGAAAGACUACUAUUAAAAUCUUCUCACACUCAUUUUGUAUCAACUUUGGUGGAAGCUGCAUACAAGCCAAGUGUGACGCCAGUGAUGAAGCUGGCUAAGGACAAAUAUCAGUGGAGAGUUGUCCCAGGUGCCCAAAUGUUGGUUCACCAAGGUGUUGCACAGUUCGAGACCUGGAAUAACUGUAGAGCCCCAUUCAAGGCUAUCUACGAUGCAGUAACCGAGAUAUGA